UUUAUUGUAAUUUUAACAAUCUGGAUUUCACUUUCUGGUUGGACAAGUAUUGUGUUUGGUUACGAAAAAAAUGAUUACUCAAAGAUGUCGGUAAUAACACAAAACGUUCAAAUUUCUAAAAAAUCCGAUACAGGUGAUUUUUAUAAAGCAAGUAGUCCUACUUGUGGACGUCAUGGAGAUCCAUGUGUGAGUCCAAAAGAUUGUUGUCCAGGUAUAAGAUGUCAUCAAUAUGCAAACAGAUGCCAAGUCAUUAUAACAGAGGAAGAAUUAUUGGCCCAGAGACCAUGA